GAGCAGAGCUGCGGUGUAUGAGCGGACGUAACCAUUGCCUAGCAUCUCUGGAGUUUACCUGUGCAGUCGCAGUGUUCUUUGGAGUGUUCUGGUAUCAAAUGGAAAAUUGUAUUUCCUCCUAAGGCCUUAAAGCAUGAAAUUUAUCUACAGAACUGCUAUGAAGAAUCUAUCAGACUUGGCGAAUAUUGUGCUUCUAGUCAUCGUGUUCAGUGAGACUCUGGGCUUCGAGUAUGGCGUGCGAGGUGAUAUCUUGAAAGUUUAUCGCAGUUCAAAGGAAGGACUUAUCUCUUCAGAAUCCAGGAUUUUUGAAGAUACUAUCCUGAAGAACAUAAUUUCUGCCAUAAGGGACGGUUCUGAGUGUCUCGGAAUUCCACCUCUGGAUCCCUUUGACUACGAGGAUAACAUCCACAUCGGAUAUUUCGAAAUAAAGAACACCAUACUGUUGGACUAUGUGAAUCUGGACGGAGUACACUCUACGAAACUGUCAGAUUUUCUGGUCCAUACAUUUACAUUCGGGCUUGUCGGACUUGAAGUUGUUCUCAACAUCACUUUUCCUGAAAUAAAUCUGCAACUGGAGCAUUACAACAUCAGUGGCAUUGGCAUUGAUAUCAUCCCUUUCGAAGGCGACGGAGAAAUCCAGUGA